AUGUUGCGUGCCGCGGACAGUGUUUUGGCGCACGAGUAUUUUUGCUACGACGACGGCCUCGGCAUCGGCGGCGGCUGCGACCUGCAGACGUCGGCCAACGUUCCUCGUCCGCCGGCCGGGUACGACGACACGGUCGACAUGGGCUUCGACGGCGCAUGGUACGCACAUUCGACGGAUUGCCGCGGUCGUCCGUCGACGGACCGGUGUCCCAGCGGCAGCGGCAGCGACGGCAGGUGGGACGCAGACGCGCCGGACAACGGCAGCAGAAAGCGGCGGCGGCUGGCGGCCAACGCGCGCGAGAGGCGGCGCAUGAACAACCUGAACGAGGCGUUCGACCGGUUGCGCGAAGUGGUGCCGGCCGCGGACGCCGAACGCAAGCUGUCCAAGUUCGAGACGCUGCAGAUGGCCCAGACGUACAUAGCGACGCUGCACGAACUGCUGGACAUCCGACCACAGGCACAGGCGCCGUCACAGGCACACCACGCGGUGGCUGCCACCCAGCCAUGCGGUGAGUUUUACCGGACGCCCAAUCGAAUUUCUUACUUUUGA